AUGGCGGAUGGAGCAGACUAUUUCUUGCUAUGGGGAGACGAUUUCGAAGUUAUUUUAGACAUUUUAGGUGAUGAAACAGUCAAACAGCAGUUUAUAGCAACAGUUAACAAUGUCCAGCAACAUGAAAUUAUCUGCAAAGACUGUGGGAAAAAGUAUAAAACCAAAGGAGGUUAUGAACGACACAGAAGUUUGAAACAUAGCAGUCUUCACGAAGGAUCUAUUCAGCCUUUGAGUGUCAGCAUACUUGCUGAAGUCCUGGCUUCCGCAAUCAGGAAAAUAAAUGAAACUGAAGUGUUUAGAAAAAGCUUGAGGGAUGAACUAAGCAAGUAUUCUUUUCAACAGCCAGAGGAAAGAGGUUUGGAAUUCACUGGUAUCAAAUCAAUGUAUGAUGGGUUUUUUAAAGAAUUGAGACCUGGUGAAGUUUUUCAGAAAUAUCAUGCAACAGUCCCGGUGAAGUCUAGGCAGUUCUUCACUGGACUGUCAAGGAAUGCUGCCCCAUUAUGAUGGUGGACUAAAGUUGCCGACUGCCUCAUUGCAUACUACUGUAAGAGAAGCAAGAACUCACUCUGGUGACAAUGAUCCCACCAGUACAGUACCAUCUGAGGGGCAAAAGGGCUGGUCAUGUGCUGCACAAUUUGUGUGUGUGAGAAAUAUGCAAGAACCGGUACCGUGGAGAGCCAGCAAGCUAUGG